AUGCAAACUUUCAUUCACAGGAUAUUGGGGUGGGCUGAUGAGGUUGAGUCUUGUGACCAGACCGGACAUGAAUCAUACUAUUGGCCCUCAAAUUCUAGUGACGAUUGUGAAACCUCAAAUGAUUCCUUCUAUACAGCGAGCGAAGCAGAUUCCGAGGCAUCGACUGCGACUAUCGGAAGAUCUGCGAUUCUUGAGCCCAUGACAUCUGGUAUUCUCAUUGACACUCCCCAGCAGGAAAUCGUUGAGGACGGAAGUGAAACAGUGAACCCGCACCCAUAUCUAACGAUAAGCACGGACAUCGCUAGAGAAGCCAUUUACAUCUAUGAUAUGAUGAGAGAAGGCGUCAUUGACGAUGGGUGGAAUAGCCAGUCCUGUCUCCUCAGGCGCUCACGCACGCUUGUCCAAGAUGGAGCAGAUUUCUCCUGGCGCCUCGGUUGGCGGUGCGAUGUCAAUUAUGAUCCACAAGGUGUUGAACCGGGCGAUAUCGUGGUGUUGUUCACGCCCGAUCGUGACUUUGUGAAGCAGAUCGAGCAAGGUGAGGAUGUUUUUGAUCAAGGUGCUGAUUUGAAGCCAGUUUCACUUCUCAUGCAGACGGUCGAUCCGGACUUUUCUGGCCCCGAGAAAAAACUCGCUGGUCGAGUUUUGGCUUGGAAGGUUUGUGGUUCUGAGGAUUCUGUGUGGAUGGAUCGGCAGGGUCGUGCUAUUGAUCGGGGUGACCCUGAGGUGAUCCCCAACAUCAUCCACCUGCUCAAGUGA